GUCUGGACUGUGUUGAGAGCUCGGAUGCUCACGCCGCUUUUUUUUAAAACUCCCAGUGGAUCUGUUUUUUGUCGCUCUGAUCCAUAGUCCACAGUGCACUAUGGAUCCAUUGAUUUGCAGAUUUAUUCCAGCCUCUCAUCAAUUAUCACGCCAGGAAGUUUCAUAUCCUGGGCUCUCGAGAGACCCAUGAUGAUAACUUGUGUCUGUUACACGCCCAAAACGGUGUAUCUCGUCUGACUUGUUUGUUGUGUAGCAGAAGUUGUAAAAAGACUUGAAUGAUGAAGUGCGGAGAAUCGAAUAUUGACUUGCUCGUGCUUCUGAAACCCUUCUACGUGUCACGCGGACAGCGAAUCCCUUACAUCUUGAGCAUUUUUGGAUUUUGAGAUGCGAUGCUUUCCGCGAUCGAAAAACAGAAACAAAAGCAAAAACAGUGUAAAGAAGAGAAAGACGGUCGGGGUCGAUUUUUCUCAUCCAUCCUCAUUAGCAGCAAAUUCAGUCGGUUUCUGCCAAACCCCAGGGGCGGGAAUCAGUGGCAUCACAAGCCUGCGACAGGAUCGAUCCCAAAUUAUCGAAGUUUAGUUUGUAAUCUCGUGAGUUUGUCUCUUCUCUUCAGAUCAAGGAGAAGGAUGGUGGAGUGGUGGUGGGGUGUUGUAGGGACGGUUGUCCCUGCAUUGGUGGUUCGUCAGGUGAUUCAGAAGACUCGUAACCGUGAGCGAGACCCGCUCCAGGGCAAGGACACGAAAGACCUCACUAACCAGUUUGUGUGUGAGCGCGUCUGCACGUCGAAGAGAAUGCUCAGUAGGGUUGGAGCUUUCUCCAAUGGAACCACUUCAGAUACUUGUGUCACAGUGUGCGGUGUUAGCGAGGUGGAUGCUUGCUCCGAAGCUUGUAUCCGUUCUGUCUGUGCGAAUGCACACCAUGUUCCGAACUGGAAUGACGUUUGCUCACGUCGGUGUCAAACCCAAUGCAUUAAGUCAGGACUCUGACCAGCACACUUCUAUGGCAAGCAAAGCAGGAAGAUUGUUGUAGUUUUCUAGACUUGCAGUCAAUCUUCGAAGCCUUCCUCGUAACAUGAUGUCUGUGACGGACCUACGGCUGUACAUCAAGCAUCCCUUGUUCUUGUAAGUUCCCCAUGAAAGUUUUUGGCUUGGAGUUGGUUUUAUGAGUGUCCAUCCAUUCUUCUUCUGUGGUAAAUCAGAGAAUCAGGGAAUCAGAGUUUCUAUUCCUAUGAAAUAGCUUGAAUCUGAAGCACUUAGCAUUUGAAGCUUCUAUCUUCAUUCCUAGUGCUGCAGUUGACUGUUGGUCUAAGCAGUGGGUGGAGCUUGCAAGUUUUCAUGGCCAUGUUGACAAUGAAUUUAGGAUUUGUUUCCACUAUUGGACGGCAGACUAGAUGGCAGGAAAUUAGUGUAAUUCAAUCAAGAAGGAGCCUAUUUGUCAAAAAGAUUAUGUAGAUCAUUCUUUUAUGAGAAGAUGUUGAACAGUCUGUUGGGAAAGGAAUUUGUAAAAAUUAAUUCAAAAUACUUAAAAACUA